AUGAAAGCAGUACGUUCGAAGUUGGCCACUGUUUUCUCUCCGAUGGGUGGCAGAGAGGUCAUGUGGCUUGACGCUCGGAGCAUUUGUGACGCGACGGCAGUGCGAUGACUGCCGAAUUGCGCCGCUGUUUUUGUUUUUAACACAACGGAGAGGCAUCUCUGAAUCUGAGGCCGUGAGCUUAUCAGAACCCCAGAGUCUGUCUCUCAGAGACAUUCUCCUCUGUGUUCUAAUUUAAUCGGUGCAUUAGGAGUGCAUGGGCCAAAUCUGAGAUAAUUGGACAUCGAAAAAGUAGGCCAGUAUAGGGGGGUUGGGGGACAGACUGUGUGUGAGCGACCUGGUAAACUGAAUUCACAUAACUUAUUAACCAACCGUAACACAAACAUACCGUUAGUCAAAAAGAGGUUGCAUUUAUAACCUUAUUCUAAAUACUCUUAACAUAUUCGUUACACUUUUGGCUUCAGAUCUGUGGAUCGUCAGCCUUAGUCUUGCUUAUUUGUUCUGGAUUUCACAGUCUUAAUGACAUAACGAAGGUAUGUGCACUGGAUUAAAAACUGGACAGUUUGAGGUGGGGUGUAUGAUUUGUUUAAUGCAUCAACAGCCAACGGAAGAGCUGGUAUGUUUGGAAUGUGGGAAAAAAACAGCUGCUUUCAUUUUCUGCUGCUUUAUUUCAUGCGAAAGUGCAAAAACUGGCAGCUGAAGGGCCAGCAGCAGCAUUAGAAGAACAUUACAGUCGAGGGCAACUGGUACCGUCAUAUGAGGGAUGAAAAGAAACUUCAUGUGUUACAGAGUCUGGAAGCCAAGCUUCUCCUAAAGGAAGUAUUUUUAGAUUUCUAUGAGCUUCUGUGUUAUUGAUAAUCCAAUUUAAUCAUUAAUGACAACCAACCAAUAUUGCAAAACUGUUCAGAAAUCAUCUGAUAUAUAGUACUCUGUGGUGUUUACUUAUGGUCAAUAACAGGUUAAUUCUCUACCUUGCUCUAUUGUGUGUGGGCGGGGGUGCAGUUGUGCAGAGUGUGCAUUUACCGGUAAUGGUGCAAUUGGGAACCAGGCCAAACCAUGGACUAGUCAAUGCCUAGUCAGUGUAGACGACAGGAAGUUGAUACAUACCUAUAUUUUCUCUGGGGGCAGCAUGACGAUGGGUCUGAGUAAUGGUGCUUUUCAGGUGUGCUUUCAUCCAGGUUAGUUUACUUAUAAGGGAAUAAACUGUCAGGUGACUUCGUUGUUGCAUCUGGGCUUUUGCCAAAGGACUGUGAACGUAUUUGUUUUAGGGUGGGUGAAUGUCCGAGUGGGUGUGUACUAAGCUGUGUAUAUUUGUUGUGCGUGGAUGUGUUCUCACGCUGGAUAAUGGGUGCUCAUGUCGUUGCCUUCUACUGGUUUGGACAGCAUCUCCGUUGCUGGUGGAAGGAACACAGCCUAUUUGAUAAGCUGUCAUAAACUCUGGGCUCCCCUUCAUUCCCAGUGCCAGGAAUACACUUCGGUCUUGUGCUCGACGAGCAACAGGGGCUUCAGUAACCGUGAUCCUGUCCUUGUGGAGCGCAAUCAACACCGAUUCAUUUGUCAUCAGAUAUGGAGCCGGAUCACGGAGAGAGGACAGCGAGCGGCGCGUCCUCUUUCCACUUUUAGAAUAGAGCCUGCGCUCUCCUAUCGUAAUCUGACAGUAGAACAAGACGCUCAGCGCAUCCGUUUGACUUCCAUUGACGUCACCGAGGUGUCACAUGACCGCUCCCGAGCCAAUCAGAAUCGUCCAGUCGAAGUGCCUGUUCGUUCAGCAAGAUAGAGGAAGAAGAGAUCGAGCGAGGGGUGAAAAAACCGUGCCAAUGAGCUCUUCAAGAGCAAAACUUAUAGAGAAACGCGUCGCUUUUUUUGGAUCAUUUCCAUUUUUAUAUGAUUAUUAUUGUUGUUAACGCCGUGAAGCGUUGGCUGAUACCGCUACGAUGGCUGGCGUAAUGGAUAUAGCAAUAGUUGGAGUGUAUUGAAUAGCCUGCCAGGGGGAGCGCGACGCAGAGGAUAGACAUUUCUGGGGAGAUCGUGUGGAUCUGGACGCUGUUACCCCGUAUCUCCUCUGUUACUCCCCCCAAUUCCGGACUCCUUAACGCCUUCAUGGAUUCUCUUGUGAAAAUAACGAAUGAAAUAUUUAAGAUCGCGCCGCAUUAGCUGAUCAAAACGUCUUUUUUUCCUGGUCGUGUGUGUGUUUUCCUCCUCUCUCUUUAAUCGAAAUCACAGUACGCCUACUUCUUAUUAUUUGAGACGGCGGCGAUUCUUUCUCGCUGCUGCUACGAAGAAACCAUGGAUUUCAACGGCAGCGGAGGGGGCAGCGAUCUCCAGAAUAACCAGUGCCACCAGUCCGAAGAGAGCAAGCCUCUGUUAGAGGAUACGUCCAUACUGGCGACGCCGGAGGGAAAUAAUAAUAAGAUGGGCGCCGGGCCGUGUCGGAGAGCCUUGCUCCUCUGCGGCAGCGGGAUGCGAUACAAGCUGCUGCAGGAGGGAGACAUUCAGGUGUGCGUGGUCAAGCACCCACGCAGCUUCCUGAGCAAGAUCCUCACCUCCAAGUUUCUGCGGAGAUGGGAGCCGCACCACCUCACGCUCACCGACAGCAGCCUGGUGUCGGCCACGCCUACGGGUUACAUGGAAUCAGCGCUGUCCUAUAGCACCAUCGAGGACAUCCAGCUGCUGACUUGGGACAACGCCCCCAAAUACUGUCUCCAGCUGAGCUUCCCGGGGGGCACCGUCCUGCUCCAGGCAGCAAACGGCUACCUGCGGGACCAGUGGUUCCAUUCUCUGCAGUGGAAGAAAAAGAUCUACAAAUACAGGAAGGUGCUGAAGAAUCCGAGCCGCUGGGACGUGGUGCUGAAGGAGAUCCGGGCUCUGGUGGACAUGGCCCUCACCUCGCCUCUGCAGGACGAGUCCAUCCAGCAAACCCCCCUGCACAUCAUCUCCACCCUGCUGGCAGAGAACUCCAACCUGAGCACUCCGGAGCAUGAGAACAUCAUCGUGGCCAUCGCCCCGCUUCUGGAGAACAACCACCCGCCUCCUGACCUGUGUGAAUUCUUCUGCAAGCACUGCCGGGAGCGCCCCCGGUCCAUGGUGGUUAUUGAGGUGUUCACUCCCGUGGUCCAGAGGAUCCUGAAACACAACAUGGACUUCGGCAAGUGUCCCCGCCUGCGUCUCUUCACGCAGGAGUACAUCCUGGCCCUUAACGAGCUCAACGGGGGCAUGGAGGUGGUCAAGAAGUUUGUGCACAGCAUGCACGGCCCCACUGGACAAUGCCCCCACCCUCGCGUCCUCCCCAACUUGGUGGCUGUCUGCUUGGCUGCCAUCUACUCCUGCUACGAGGAAUUCAUCAACAGCCGGGAUAACUCCCCCAGCCUGAAGGAGAUCCGGAACGGCUGUCAGCAGCAGAACGAGCGCAAGCCCCCACUGCCUCUGCGACUGCUGCGCUCCGAGCUGGAGUCCCCGGACCCCCCAUCCGUGCCGCCCCCACUGCCACUCUCGCCGCCUCCCUCCAUCGUCAACUCUAGCGAGAUCCUCGUGGAGCUGGAGCGUAACAACAACGCCACCAACAAGCUGAAAGGGCCAGCGGGGGGCGACAGCGAGCCCAAUCUGAUUGACUGCCUGCUGGUGAGCCCGGUCCUCAGCACUCUGUCCAUCCAGCUGCCUGCCCAGGCCGACCGCGUGUUGGGAUGCUUUGCCCUCAUCCUCAAGAUGCUGUCUGAUUACGAUGACUGGAGACCCGCCCUGGCAAGUCUGCUGCAGCCAAUCCCCUUCCCCAAAGAGGCUCUUGCACAUGCCAAAUUCACAAAGGAGCUCAAGUAUGUUAUCCAGCGGUUUGCGGAGGACCCCCGGCAGGAGGUUCACUCCUGCCUGCUCAGUGUUCGCUCUGGAAAGGACGGCUGGUUCCAGCUGUACAGCCCGGGGGGCGUGGCCUGUGAUGACGAUGGAGAGCUCUUUGCCAGCAUGGUCCACAUCCUCAUGGGCUCCUGCUACAAGACCAAGAAGUUCCUCCUGUCACUGUCAGAGAACAAGCUAGGGCCCUGCAUGCUGCUGGCCCUGCGGGGGAACCAGACCAUGGUGGAGAUCCUGUGCCUCAUGCUGGAGUACAACAUCAUAGAGAACAAGGACACCCAGCUGCAGAUCAUCUCCACCCUGGAGAGCACGCAGGUCGGCCUGCGAAUGUACGAGCAGCUGUGUGAUCGGCAGCGGGAGCUGAAGGAGCUGCAAAGGAAAGGGGGUCCCACACGGCUGACACUGCCCUCCAAGUCUACAGAUGCUGAUUUGGCGCGGCUGCUGAGCUCUGGUUCCUUUGGGAACCUGGAGAACCUCAGCCUGGCCUUCACCAACGUCACCAGCGCCUGCGCCGAGCAGCUCAUAAAGCUGCCGUCCCUCAAGCAGCUCAACCUAUGGUCCACCCAGUUUGGCGAUGCUGGUCUGCGCCUCCUCUCCGAGCACCUGGCUUCCCUGCAGGUGCUGAACCUGUGUGAGACGCCCGUGACAGACACCGGGCUACUGGCCCUCAGCUCCAUGAAGAGCCUCUGCAGCCUGAACAUGAACAGCACGAAGCUGUCUGCCGACACCUACGAGGACCUCAAGGCCAAGCUGCCCAAUCUGAAGGAGGUGGAUGUCCGUUACACCGAGGCCUGGUGAACGGGGCUGUCGCCACGGAAACGCCCCACCCCCACACCCCCCCCAACACCGUUGCUGGGACCCCCUUUCUAGAUAAAUCCUUGAAGUGCAAGAAGUCUGUCAGCGCUCCGACGCAGGAAGUGACUUUAUUGUACGUCACACAAAGUGAAAGACCCUGUUUCUACGCCCGACUCGUGUCCGUCUCUUUGGAUGAGACCACCUUGGCCCCCCCAGACCGCCGCGCCUCUCUCCCUGAGGACUCCAUGGGGCGGCCAGUAGACAUUUUCUUCUGUGUGCUUUUCUGCGGGCCACGCAAGGGGAAGAAAAAAAAGUGUAGAUUUUACAUUUUCUUUGUUAUUUCUAAAGAACUUUGUGUUCAAAGCACACAUCCCUAACCCUAACCCCACGGCCCGUCCCCCGCCACCCGAGAUUUCUGUCACCGUAUGCAGUGCGUCGAACGUGACCCCCAUCCCAGUCCUGUACAAACGUCGCUUUUCGUUUUAAGGUGGUAGGAUCUGACAAACAGAUGAAAACAUGCCAAAAAAGAGAAGAGAACGCUUCGAGUAGCUUUGUGUCCCUUCUGCCGAGGGAGGAAGCCUCAGGGUGUGUGUGUGUGUGUGUGAGACGAGGUCAGAGGUCACAGCGAUGGGACAAGGAACUUGGGCAAGCGAGAGCUCUGCCCACCCCUCCCCCCACGCCAUUUUUAUCGACUUGAAUGAACGUAUUUUUCCAUCUCUGCCUUCAUGUACUGUUUAUAUAAAGAAUAUAUAUUCUCUUUACGACAUUGUUUUCUUCCACAGGAAGUGAGGCAUGUCCUGCACCCAGACAUACUUUUGGAGAAAAAUAGCAUUGCUUUUAAUUUAGUUUGUCUUCAUACGUAUAUGGCUCUGGUUGUCUAGGUGGAGUUCAGGGACCGAGAUGCGCUCUGUCUGCAGGGUGAGACCAGGUGCUCCUCUCUGCUUCCCUUGGCUGUCUCUCCCUGCCUCCUUUCUCCUUCCGCAUAGGGGAACAGCGCCCCCCAUAGGCGGGGGCAGAUUGUACUUCACCCAGCCCUCUGUUCUUCUGAGGAGUACAGAUGCAGGAAAGCAUGGAGGAGCUUCUCCCCACCCGGAAUCCCUCGCAUCCCUCUCUUAUUUUGUACACUUUAUAUACGUAUUAUAUGUAAACACAUUUGCCCGAUUUAACCGCUAUUUACUUUCGUAAGAGGCAGGUGUUGCCUUCAUCUCUGGGUCACGUGUGUGUGUGUGUGUGUGUGUGUGUGUGUGUGUAUAAAUGUGCACUGUAAUUAUCAUUCAAUUGUCGUUCGUGUUCUUAAUUUUCAUUGUUCUUAUUUUCAGCAGUUUUAAAGUGUCUCCUGCAUGUACAUUGGCUUUUGUGUUUUUUUUUUUUCUUUUUUUAAUCUCCGAAAACGUUUUAAUUUUAUGGGAUGUUGUAUGACAAGGGUCAGAUCACUAGUUCACACUUGAACUGAAGCGGUUUUCAUGGACUGAUUUGGGAGAGACUGUAAAGUAUGUACAUGAUGUGUGCACCAGGAAGCAGGCGGCGUGCUGUGAUCAUCAGCAACUGCUCCGCCUGAUACAUGUUUGAUACUUACAUGUUAUAAUACGUGGAAACUCGGUCAUGCCGCGAAAUCCUACUUGGCGUUUCGGUUAUUGUUUUUGUUUUGGUACAAUGGUUGUUGGUGGAACAGCAAACGGGAGCCUGCUGACCGAUCGCUGGGCUAGUUUCUGGGGGUCUUCUGGCAUAUAAGAGGAAUCUGAAAUCGGCAUUUUCUGAACUAUUUCCCGUGCACGUUGACCCGUGUCGGAAGGUUUCCAUUUAUACACACCGUCCCUCUUCCCCUGUAUAUAAAUACCUGUAUACAUAUUUUUUUGAAAUGUUAGAAAAUGCAUUUUGCAAUAUGCAUAAUUAUAUUACAUAUGCAACUUGCAACAAUUUGACAUUAGAAAGUGAUAUUCCAUUUUUAUAUAUUAUAUGUGUGUGUGUGCGCGUGUGUAUGCGUGUGUGUCGACUUGCUUUUUCACAAUGCAAUGCUGUGUGGUCUUGGAAGUAUUUCUUUUUUUAUAGGAUGGGGUGGGGGGGGGGUAUUGUUAGGACCAGGGAAACAUUAUUAUUAUUAUUAUUAUUAUUAUUAUUAUUAUUAUUAUUAUUAUUAUUUUGUUGGUCAGACGGAGAGGUUGAGGCAUGACAGAUACACAGAGGUAACACUCCUUUUGAACCCCCGACCUCCCAGUGCAGGGAUUCUUUGUCACUGAGAAUGACUUCCAGCUCUCUGGCUUAGCAGAGAUCACUCUCUAAUUUCCCUCCUUGAUUCUCCCGCAUUCAGUCAUUACCAACCGGACUCCAGUCUUAAAGGGGGGAGGUGGGGGGGGGGGGGGGGGGGGGGCAGCAGUUGCCAUGCCCGAGCCGUCCCAGUACCGACUCCGAGCCCGCAGGCCUGCCCUGUCUCCGUUGCUUGUCUCGAGCUGUUGUGCUCAGAUGCAGAAUGAGACCUUUGACAAAAAAAAUUAUUACGUGAAAUUCCAAGCAAAAUAAACUGUCUGUGAAUAAGUGUGUGUUUUCAGUGCCAUUAUUUAUUUCUCCAUCCCUCUUGUGGCAGAAGUUUAUACAGGUUAAACUCUCCCCCCCCCCCCCCCCCCCCCCCCCCCCAAAUUAAAAAUACUUCCCCAUCGUGUUCAGUCGCUUUGCCUGGAGAGAUCAGGGGUGUUGUCCAGCUAACCCUGCAGUGUGUUUUACGUGUUGCACAUUUUCAUACAUUUUCUGUCCUGCUACUAUUGAAUGGAAUGAAUCUCAAAACUCCCCCCAUGUAGUCUGCAAUGAGUCCUCCAGGCUUUAGCCACAGGAAUUUUGAGGGAUUGUGUGUGUUUUUUUUUUUUUUGUUUUUUUUAUAUGUUUCUACAGCGGUUAGGUAAUCAUAUGGAAAAGGGCGAAGGUGCUGGAAUCCUGUUGUUACAGGGAUCUAUAAUGUCUGUAAUGUUGAUCUUCAUUUCCCCCAAAGGCAAAGGGCCCCCAGUUACCACCUGUGUACUUAAGGACCUACAGCCAUUAGGAAAAAAAUUAUUAUUGUACCGAUGGAAAUCAUUCUUGUUUUGAUUCGACCAAGUGCUUGGAAAUGGCAAGUGGUCAGUGGCGAACGGCAUAUAUUUAGUUAGCAGUGAUCUGCCUCCCUCUUCCACAACUCUCUAUGGUAAAUAGGCCAGGCCCUCUGCUACUCAGGUUACUGAAGUUAAACGGCAUAGUGGAAGUGAAAAACCAAGCUGUAUCAAAUACUACUUAACGGAAUUUUCCAGAAUUACCACAAGAUGGCGCACUAGCGAGCAAAUGAAAUUUUAAACUGCUUAUGUAUCCUCUAUCCUAAAUGGUGGAAAUUGUAUAUGAUUAGUCCAUGUCCACUAUCUAGAUCAGCCUGAUGGUGGCACUAUAGUGCUUGAAUUCCAUUAAAUGCUCCUUGCAGCUUUGAAUUUCUGUUCCUGUUCUCUGUAUAUUAUUUGUAUAUGCAUUUGACAUGAAAUGUAUGGAUUUGUGUUUUGUGUUCUGUUCUUGUGAGUAGGAGCUGAAAAUAAAAUGAAUAUCAGCA